GCCGUCAUCGUCCCCCCAACCUGGAUCUUAAGGGUGCGACGCCCACAGUCUUCUCUGAAGUCGAGUAAAAAGAAGAAACGGACGUCGCUGAAGAGCAACAGGUCCAGUAAGAGAGGAUCUGAGGACCGCCCCCCCUUCCUGGUCAGACCUCUUCCCUCUCCGCUCAUCAAGCCUCUGCUGGUCUUCGUGAACCCAAAGAGUGGAGGGAACCAGGGAGCCAAGAUCAUCCAGUCCUUCAUGUGGUACCUGAACCCCCGGCAGGUCUUCGACCUCAGCAAGGGAGGACCAGCAGAGGGGCUGGAAUUGUACUCCAAAGUUCCCAAUCUGAGGAUCCUGGCCUGUGGAGGAGACGGCACGGUGGGCUGGAUCCUGUCGGUCCUGGACCAGCUGAAGCUCCGCCCCCAGCCCCCUGUGGCCAUCGUCCCUCUGGGGACCGGGAACGACCUGGCCCGGACCCUGAACUGGGGCGGGGGCUACACGGACGAGCCCCUCUCUAAGAUCCUGUCUCACGUGGAGGACGGGGACAUCGUGCAGCUGGACCGCUGGAACCUGAACGUGGACCCCAACCCGGAGGCCCAGCCGGAGGACCGGGACGAGCAGCAGACCGACAAGCUCCCCAUCGACGUCUUCAACAACUACUUCAGUCUGGGCUUCGACGCUCACGUCACGCUGGGCUUCCACGAAUCCAGAGAGGCGAACCCGGAGAAGUUCAACAGCCGCUUCAGGAACAAGAUGUUCUAUGCAGGCACGGCCUUCACAGACUUCCUCAGUGGGAGCUCCAAGGAUCUCGCCAAACACAUCAGGGUGGUGUGUGACGGAACCGACCUCACGGCCAGAGUCCAGGACCUGAAGCUGCAGUGUCUGCUGUUCCUCAACAUCCCGAGGUACUGCGCUGGAACUGUUCCGUGGGGUCACCCCGGAGAACAUCAGGACUUUGAGCCUCAGCGUCAUGACGACGGCUACAUCGAAGUCAUCGGAUUCACCAUGACGUCCCUGGCCACGCUGCAGGUGGGCGGCCACGGCGAGCGGCUCCACCAGUGCCGAGAGGCGACCCUCACCACCUUCAAGCCCAUCCCCAUGCAGGUGGACGGAGAGCCCUGCCGGCUGGCCCCGUCCGUCAUCAGCAUCAGCCUGAGGAACCGGGCCAACAUGGUGCAGAAGGCCAAGCGCAGGGUCUCCAUGCCCCACCUCAACGAUCAGCAGCCGGUUCCUGAGCAGCUGCAGGUCCGGGUGAACCGGGUCAGCAUGGCGGCCUACGAGGGGCUGCACUACGACAAGGACCAGCUGAAGGAGGCCUCCACGCCACUCGGAGUCAUCACCGUCCCCGGAGACAGCGACCUGGAGACCUGCCGGCUGCUCAUCGAGCGUCUGCACGACAACCCGGAGCAGGACGGUGACGCUGUCUCGUCUGAGAGACUGUCCUCCAAGAAGCUGUCCUCGAAGUGGUGUUUCCUCGACUGUACCACCGCAGAUCGCUUCUACAGGAUCGACCGAGCUCAGGAGCACCUGAACUACGUGACGGAGAUCUCCCAGGAGGAGCUCUACAUCCUGGACCCGGAGCUGGUCGUCAGGGAGACGGUGGGAACCUCCACCGGCAUGCCGGACCUGGUGGACUCAGAGGAGCACCUGGACCAGCAGAGACCGUGCUCCCCCCCCUCCUCCGCCGGCCCCAGGUUGCAAGACUUUGAUAGGAAGAGAAUUUUGAGCGACAGCUCUGUGGUCAACGCUUUGUCCCAGAGCUCCUCAAAGAGCGCCCUCUGCAGGUCGUCCACGGCUCCAUCUCAGCUCAACACAGAAGCAGAGCUGGCUUCCUGUGUCCUGACCGAGGACCUGAGCAGGCUGACGGAGCUCCACCAGCUGGGGGCGGACCUGCUGCACCGGGACGCGUCGGGCUGCACACUGCUGCACCGCGCCGUGCAGGCCGGCUCCAAGGACAUCGUCAGAUACCUCAUCCAGCACGUGCCCACGUCUCACCUGGACGUCACAGAGGACGAGACAGGAGAGACGGCGCUCCACCAGGCCGCUGCCCGCCGCCACCGGAGCAUCUGCCACUUCCUGGUGGAGGCGGGGGCGUCGCUGCUGACCACCGACCUGCAGGGCGAGACGUCCAGCCAGCGGGCGGAGCGGGCGGAGGACCAGGAGCUGGCGGAGUACCUGCAGAGCGUCCAGCACCUGCAGAUGGUCCAGAGAGAGGACCGGGAGACCACGGUCUGACCUCUGACCCGGGCCUGAUCCCGCCCCCACCCCGUCCGAAUGCUCGGCCUGUAGAUGCCUGAAAACCAGCGGCGUGCGGCCCGCUGGCACCGCGUGACCCCGGAGAGACCGCCAGCCGCGGCUUUCACGCGUCUGCAGCCGAACUCACAAACGUUUCUUCUUCUGUGGUAAUUCAAGUGUUUAGCUUUAGACGGCUGCUUCGUAGAGAGGAGACGGGAGUUAGACUCACGCUGCUCGCCAGCGUCUGUCCGUAGUCCAGCCGCCGCCAUGCCGGAGCAGAGCCGGCAGCCGCCAGCAGGGGGCGCAGCUCUGGAAAUACCUGCCAAAGCUCCUCUGACCAUGUGUCUGCAGAAGCACCGGGUACUAGCAGUAAACGGGUUAACGAGGGAGAACACUAGCAAUUAGAGUCGGGGUGCUGCCAGUCAGAUUCGGGCUGGACGAUAGAGACUAAAGCAUAUCAAUAAAGCAAAAUCAGACUGAUUAAUAUUGAUCAUUACUGAUAAUCCACCAAAAACAUCCACCAUGAUUAUCCACCUAAACAACACAAACCGUAAACCUUGUAAACAAAAACCACAAACAGUCUGGAGGCUGAAGCCACUCCGCUUCAGUCCAGCAUCACCCAGGUUUCUGCAGUUCGCCUCGCUCAUCGCCCUGGAGGAGCAGCUAGCUGUUAGCCACCAGCUGCUAGCCGUUAGCUAAUAGCAGCGAGUUACGACCUGCUAGCUGUGAGCCACUAGCAGCUAGUCACUGGCCACUAAAUGCUAGCCAUUAGCCACUGGCUGCUAGCCUUAAGCCACGAGCUGCUAGCCGUGAGCCACUAGUGGCUAGCCAUUAAGGCCUCAGUAUACUCCCCCGUCGCCGCCACGGCGUUCCUACGCCGGCAACCCUACGCCGCU